UUUUGCUCAUUUUAAUCAUCCCUAAAUAAAAUAAUAACAUUCCAAUUUGCCAGUGAAAAACAAAUAUUGUUUUUUACAAAAUGAAAGAGAAAACUAGGCGUAAUUUUUGGGUUUCUUCGGAAAUCGAGUGUAUGUUGAAUUUACUACGUGAAGUUUAUAGAAUACAAGGCACCACAGCAACGACAAACUACACAUUUAUACAAAUUGCUAACAAGAUGAAGAAGAAGGGGUUUCCCAACAAGUCUGCUACACAAAUACGACGAAAGUGGUUCCAAAUGAAGUCGGCCUAUUUAUGCUAUAAACGCGGUAAUGUUGAGAGGUUGCUCUUGAUACCGGAGAAAUUUCGUCCUAUAAUAGCACAAUUCGUUGAAAAGGAAAUUAAACCGAAUAUCCAAGAGCUGCCGCCAUCAUCUCCAGAAACUACACUACCACCACAACCGUCACCAUCGCCUCCUCUGGUGCUAGCACCACCAGUGAAAACGUCCACAAUAAACUCUUAUAACAUUUCAAAUAAGAGAUUGAGAUAUACACACAGUACCGCAUGUAGUAGCGCGAAAAGUGCUAAAAAUGAAUCAAUUUAUGAUGAUUUUUUGACAGAAAUAAAACAGACCCACAACAUUAUUAACAGUACAUUCGCGAAAAUGCAAAAAAUUUUAACAGAUUUUGAACACGAGUGUCAAGCAGAGAGAGAUGAUAAACUAAUAACAUUUAUUAACAGUAUGAAGUAUGAUUUUUAAUAAAGAAUAUAAAUUUGUAGUUUAGAAAAAUCCUAAA